GUUAGUUAAAAGUUUAUACUAAUCUGAAAAAUAGUCAUUCUAUGAAAUCAAAUAUGCUCUAAAUGACUUGCAGAGGCAAUGGAGGGGAAUCUCAAAGAAGAAAAGUAAUUUGGCAAACUGGCUGUUAUAAACUCUUGAAGGUUCACAAAUUGCACAGCUAUAUAACAUAUGCUAGCAUCUUUAUUUUAUAUAAACUGUUGCCAUUGUACUAAAUAAAAUGCAGAUUUAUAUCAUGUUCUAGGGAGGGCAUGGGAGAAGAAAACUGAGAUGAUAAGUUGAUCCAUAUGCAAUUUUAUUCAUGGAUUUCAUUUUGCCUAUUCAAUAUAUGGUCUCUGUAUAAAAUUUAUAUGAUUUAUUAUGCAUGAGAGGUACUGUCCAUUGUCUUGUAUUACUUUAACACAACACAAAUGAAAUGGCUCAAAUAUCUGUCAAAUCAAAUACAAACUGUGUGUAUUAAAAAGAAAAAUGAGAUAAAGCAUCAUUGGAUGCAAGCAAAAAGGAGUAAUGCAAAGGCAUUUGAGGAUAUGGUUAAUUAGGCAUGUAUAAAGACAAUAAAUACUACCAUAUAGCAUAUAUUAUCUGAUGCCUUCUUGAACAAACAUUACACAAAAAUAAAAUGUAAUGACUGGUGCAUAUGGGGACACUCCUUCUAAAUUACUGAAAAGGCAUAUGCUGUGCCAGCAUGUGUCAUGGGUAGCAUCAGGUUCUUCGUUGGUAAUCUAACUGACUAGUCAUGAGUAAGUGUUUCUAAGAUUAGAUGUUUUAAUGUUAAACAAGUCUUAUUGGCAGUGCAGAUUUGGGCUGAGUAGUUCUUACAGGUUAUAUACUUGUCAUUCUUAAAACAUACUCAGAGAGAAGUGGUUGUUUCUUUUAAUUAAUGACCUCAAAAAUUAAUUCAGGUUUGUUGUUUAAUAGUCUUAAUAUAGUGGUCUUCAGUCUCCUUCUAAGCCCUUGUUGCUGUAGUGUUUGCUUAUAUUGCUGCUGAAUAUGAGAUUCCAGUAGUCAUUCAGGGUGCCCAGAUAAAGUUACUAGUAGUGGAGGCUUUGUCGUACUGCCAAUCCUCCUGUCAGCAGCAGCCAUACUAUUUCUUAUUUAGUUAAAACAGAGAUAAAAAAACUAUUAGCAAGAGUAUCACUGGCAUGGCAAAAACUCAUUUUAGAAGGGUGGAGCGGGAGAGAGGGAUUAACAUAUACCCAUAUUUUGCCCCUGUAUCAAAAACUUGAGCUGGGAGCCAAAAAGGAAGAAAAUUCAAAAGAUUACUUCACGGAGUUUCCAUACAUCUUCUAUCACAAAACAGACCAUGUCAUCCGUCCUACACAAGGCAGGUUGUAGUUCUCCCUGAAAACCCUAUACAUUUCAGAAGAGCUAUAGCAAGUCAGGUUCCCAUAUCUUCUUCAGACCCAUUUUGAGUCUCUCUGUCUCCUGGCUAACAGUACAACUCCAUUUUUUUUAUUGAACAAUAACAACUACAAGUGAGAGGGAACUAUAAUAUUCACUAGCGAAUUGCCCAUCAAGAAUGACGGGGGGGGAACUUGCCUGGUCCCCUCACUCUGUCCCCUCCACCCCCACCGUCAUGGUGCUGUGCCACCGCUGCUGCCUUCUGUCCAUAAUGCUCUUGGAGCACUCUGACUGGUUGUUUCCGUAACCAAUCCGAGUACUCCAAGAGCAUUAUGGAGAGACAGACACAUGGACUAGGCCCUUUAUUAUAUUAGAAUAAUUGAUAUGAAGAACAAGAGAAAUGAUGCAUAUUCUAUUUGGGGCACACCAAUGCCUUGUUUAAAUACAAGUAUCAUACCACAGAACACCUUUAAUCUACCAGAAACUACUAGGUUUAAACAACAUUGACAGUUGCCUAAAAUAUUGUCUAUGCUAACACUUUCACUGCAGCUCAGUAAUGGUGGACACUCAGUAUAAAGAACCUGUGGCUGGCUUAGAGAAUGGUUAGCUGGAAGGUUUGAUACUUUCCAGCAAAUUCCAACAUGACAAAGAUGUCCAAGGUCCAAAACUAAUCACAAUGAUCAAGAAACACGGGUGACAUUUCUUGCAGAUUUAUUCAACUUAAUAACAGCAUGCCAAAAAUUGUUCUGUUCUUUAAGAACAAAAUUAACCAUUCAAACUGGAAUAAAUGAAAAUCACAUUACAGUAUAAAACCUGGAUCUCUUGCUAAAAGCAAACUUCUACAUAAUGGCAAAUGCCAUUAAUCAACUCACAAAGUGAUAUUCAGUAAUAUGUUUGAUGUUUUCUUAUCCCAGGAUGUGACUGCUGCUAACUAUCAGCAUCAACACUUACUUAUUUGCCAUUUUUGCAGAAAUGUUCAGUUUAAAAAGUGACUUUUCUGCUUGAGAAGUACGCUCAGCAAAAGAAUCACAAGUUUCAAAGACUGUUCUAUGUGGAAAUUGCUACCUACCCCAUUACCUGGUUGAGUGAAACCAGACUAAGAACUUUUGCCAUGGCAGCUUUUCUACUGGGAGCUGUGCUGCUUAUUGCUCAACCUCAUAUAGUGCCUUCCAGACCAGCUGUACAUCCUAAGGCAGAGGCUCCUUCUCAGUCUGUUCAGAAAGAACUUUUAAAGAAAACAUUUCUCAAAAAUGACUUUAAAGAAAACAUUCAUUCUAAUGGAUCUCGCCAGCAGCUACCACAAACGAUCAUCAUUGGAGUAAGAAAAGGUGGAACAAGAGCCUUAUUAGAGAUGUUGAGUCUCCAUCCAAAUAUUGCAGCAGCAGAAAGUGAAGUCCAUUUCUUUGACUGGGAAGAUCAUUAUGGAAAUGGACUACAGUGGUAUAUGAAUCAAAUGCCAUUCUCUUAUCCCUGUCAGAUCACAGUGGAAAAAACCCCAGCAUAUUUCACAUCACCCAAAGUGCCUGAAAGAGUUUAUAACAUGAAUGAAUCAAUAAGAUUACUCCUUAUUUUAAGAGAUCCAAGUGAGAGAGUAUUAUCAGAUUACACCCAAGUGUUCUAUAAUCAUGUGCAAAAGCACAAGCCGUAUCCUUCCAUUGAACAAUUUCUGAUUAAAGAUGGUGAACUCAACGUGGACUACAAGGCAAUAAAUAGAAGCUUAUAUUAUAUUCACAUGGAAAACUGGUUGAAGUACUUCCCUCUUGGUCACAUUCACAUUGUAGAUGGGGAUAAACUAAUCAAAGAUCCCUUCCCAGAAAUAGAGAAGGUAGAGAGGUUUUUAAGGUUGUCGCCUCAAAUAAAUGCUUCAAACUUUUAUUUCAAUAAAACUAAAGGAUUUUAUUGUCUAAGGGACAGUGGUAGGGAACGUUGCUUACAUGAAUCAAAAGGAAGAGCACACCCACAAAUAGACUCCCGUUUACUUGAUAAACUGCAUGAGUAUUUUCAUGAACCCAAUAGGAAAUUCUUUGAGCUUGUUGGCAGAACAUUUGACUGGCACUAAUUUGUGGUAAGUUAGUGAUAAGCUUCAGAGCCUAUGUUCCACUGUACAUUUAGAACUUUUAAAAAGGGCAUUUAAGCUGUAAUUUAUUUGUAAAUUCCAUAAAUACUUCUGUACAGUAUUAGAUUCACAAUUGCCAUAUAAACUAGUUAUAUUUUUCUACUUGUUAAAUUUGAAAGCAUUUUGUAUUGUUUUACAUGGUUGUUAACAUUGUGUAUUAUGUCUCUAUAUGAAAGAACUGCGGAAGAUGCUCUCCUGAGAUUGUCUUGUCUUUUUAAUAAAUAAGAAAUUCAAUUCGAGAAAAGUAAUCAGAAUGACCUAAAUCUUCAAAAUACA